AUGUCGAGUGAGAAAGCUGCGCUGCUCCCGAGGCAUUCCGCCGAGUCUAAGGUCGAGAAGUAUGUACUGGUUAUACAUGGCGGCGCAGGCACCAUGUCACGCGAAAAGUCGACGCCCAAACAGCGCGCACUCUAUCAUGCGACACUCAGGGAGGCUCUGCGGACCGGUCACGCCGUGUUGAAGGAGGGCGGUGAGGCGCUAGACGCUGUAGUCGCAGCUGUGACGGUGCUGGAAAACUGUCCCCUGUUCAACGCGGGCAAGGGUGCCGUAUUCAACACUGCCGGCAAGAAUGAACUUGAGGCCUCUAUCGCGCUAUCAAAGCCUCCAGCAUCGCACCCAAACAUCGCACCCAGUCGACGCGACGCAUCCGCUACCCUCCUCACACGAGCUCGUAAUCCAUCGCAACUCGUGCGUCUUCUGUACCUUGCGCAGGACGACGGUGUGCCACACCCUAUGAUGAGCGGCUUAAAUGCCGAAGAGAUUGGUGCUAAGUUCGGUGCGAGUUUGGUGGACCCGAGCUACUUCUUCUCCGAGAACCGCUGGCGUGAGCACCGUCGCGGUCUUGGCCUGCCAGAAGAGCCUCUACCCCACUCCGGCGAUGCGCAGCUGCCGAUGCUGGACCUGAUGCCGAAGGGGACAGUUGGCGCUGUCGCUUUGGACGUACGUGGUUGUAUCGCAGCGUGCACCUCAACAGGCGGUCGUACGAACAAACUCGUCGGUCGCGUCGGUGACACGCCGAUCAACGGUUCGGGUUUCUGGGCCGAGGAGUGGACCGUGACUGGCUUUGUCCGCCGUACGGUGCGCAAGCUCUGCGGAAAGAAGUCGAAAGCAGCUGUCGGUGUGAGCGGCACUGGUGACGGCGAUUACUUCAUUCGCCAGAACACCGCGUCGACCAUCGCUCGGCGUAUGCAGUACCUUAAUGAGCCUCUCAAGGAUGCGACACAGUUUGUAGUCGAUGAGCUGCGUGCGGCCAACGGCGACGGUGGUGUCAUCGCUAUCGAUGAUGCUGGUAACGUCGCAAUGACUCUCAACUGUCCUGGUAUGUACCGUGGCGUGAUCUACGAAGAUGGGGUACCGAAAACAGCCAUCUUUUCCGACGAGGAAGUCCAAUAG